AUGUCAAUACCAAGUCCUCAAGCAGAUGGUCUCUGUCUCCAGUUCCCAGAGAACCUUGGUCAACGCCAGAAUCUGCCAUUCGAAGAGGCACUCAACUUCCUCUCAAAGGGCUACCAAGCCGCCCACAACGUUCCGUUUCAAUGGCGGUACAUCGACAAACCACCCGAGGGACAAAUCGCACUGCUAUUCUUGACAUCCCAAUUUCCAAACGAUGGAAUCAGGUACCAAGAACAAGAGGUGGUCUAUUCGAUGAAUGCAGGAGGCCGCGAACUAGAAGUCGUGGAGGCAAAGUCUGGAUUUAUCCCAGGUUCUCAAGACCAGAGCGCGUGGCGAGUGCGGCGAAGAUAUCGUCUCAUCAGAGGUGGUCAUCCCUCGCUCGUCCUUGUGCAUUAUACACGACAGUCUCCUACGCCUAUCAUUCCAGCGCUCCUGGACCGACCAGUUCGAGUGUACCCGCUCCGGCCAGUCACAGAACCUCCAGUAUACGUUCUAGGCGACAAACAAGGCCAGAAAGUGUUCGCACAAGGCUCAGGCAUGCCACCAGGACCUCCAGGACCCGGGUUCGCCCACCCUGCACAAGCCGCACUUCUCAACCAGAAUCGAGCAUUUGAACAGUUGGAUCGGAGACAUGAACGAGAGAGGGAGAAGGAGAGGGCUCACCAGCGGAAUAUCAGCGCUCCAGGGCGUCAUGUGGACGACCAGUCAGACGAUGAAGUAGACCAGAUCUCGACACGGGCUCUCGCGCUCGCCCGGUACAAGAGGAACCACGAACUCAUGGAGGAAGUAUUCCGACAAGCUGCUUUUGGAGACAAGGCGGAUACUACUCCGCAGAAGAGCCCAUAUUCUAUCUUCAACAAGGAGGAUUUGGAACGGCGCACCGCUCAGCUUCAGGCGGAUAUCGAGCGUCUCCAGCAAAAAUCGGAGGAGCGUAAACCGCAACAGCAGGAAAUAUCAACGGACUCUAUCGAUACCUCCAUGGAACGUUCAACCUAACAUGGAUCCGUUGCGCCUCGUGUAUAUUAUCUUUUUCUUGUCGCUCCUUGUCCUCGACAUUUCUAUUUGACAUCUUUCAGAC